UUCUGGUGCAUCAUGUCUAAUCUGACAUCUUCCGAUGCGGGACCACCUUCCCCGCCCCAGCCUCCGCCGAUUACUAUAGAGGAUACAGCGGCAGCUCCCGCAGGGCGACCGAGACGUGAACUCGACGAUAUGGAGACCUCACCAACGUUUCCCACGUCUGCAUACGAAUCCAGCAGCCCGGAAAGUUCUCGGUCACAGGCUUUCGAAGCGCGGAAAGCCACCUUUGGCCAUCGCCGCAAGCACAGUCCAAACCUCGAAUGGCGCCAGCCGUGGACCAAGGACAGCUGGCAGCAGGGUCGCGUGUUGCUCAUAGACUAUGUCGCCAAAGAACACUCGGCCGGAAGGAGGAAGAUUGUAGCCCAGGAAUUCUGCGACAUCGACAGCCUUCGUCGGUUCUACCGCAAGGAGGAUCUCGCCGCGCAGGCAGCCCUACGCGUAAUCCACGUCCAGAACGCGAGUUGGGCGACGCGCUUCCUGCUCCGCAAGUUCAACAUUGAUGCCAACGACGAACUCGUCGGCACAAAUUUUGGGCACUGGGCACGCUACGAAAGAUCCCAACAACGCGGCGGUAAGCCUGUGCUCAAUGGCAGGACUUUCCGUGCUUCACGUGAUCCUUGGCGAGGAAUAUCACGUGCAGCCUUUGGUGUGGAUUAUCUCAAGCCGUACGACCGAAAUACGCGCCUCCCUUUUAACAAUAACAAGUCUAUUAUGGAGCUUAAUCACUAUGAUCAGGAGGAUCAGCCGCGGUAUGGUUUUGACGUGUAUGUGCAACGGCUCAGUGUCUAUGUGCAGUUGAGCGACGGCAUGCCAGGACAGGCGGUCGAUCCUGAUAUUCCCAAUCCAUAUGACGACGAGGCAUGGGAGGAGUACAUGCGACUGAAGAAGAGCUAUGGAAAUGUUGACGCUAACGAGCAUCAAGAAAAGUACAUUCCCAAGCUGAGGUCUCUCGAUAACGGUAAUACGAUUAUCCUGUUUGAGAACUCGGUUACGGGCUCUGUUAAAGAUACUCUGAUCGGCGCGAGACAGGAGCUAGAGUCGAGAUGGAGACGUUUGUCGUUUUACCUGCCCACGGAUAAUGACCAGACGUUGACGGCAGAGUGCAUGGAUUUUAUCCUCCAAGACGUCUUCAAGGCGUUGGCGUAUAAUUGGCAGAGGUUCAUGUCUGCGUGUGAAACACACGUCGGAAUCUUGGAAGACAAGAUCUACGAAAACCCCGCCGACGAGUCGCGCGCCCCUGAACUCUGGAAAAACAGCGCGCAAUGGCUCAAAGUCGAGCGCCUCAUCUAUAUCCAUCUCGACGUGGUCAAGGAAAUGGUGAGCCAUCUGCAUGAUCUUGCUGGCACCAACCCCAAGGAAUCCUCGGGCCAGCCCUGGCUCGGCUCCGCGCCAGACGAAAUCGAAAAGCUGACGGGACAGUGGGAGCGAGACGUUAUGCUGCCCACUUCGUCUCUGUCAGAUCUCAUGUACAAGAGCGUGGGCAUCAGAGAUGCGCGGCACUCGCUGCAACUGGGACUCAGCAUGUGGCGCUUGAGCUGGAUCACCUUCAUCUUCCUCCCCCUCACAUUUACCGUCGGCUUCUUCGGCAUGAACGUGUCCACCUUUGACAGCAUGCCCGACAUAAAAUGGUGGUUCAUCACCUCGGUCCCUGUUCUCCUCGUCGUCCUCAUCCUCUGGUACGCCGUCAAGCACAACCUGGCGAGCCAGCGCCAAAACCCCAUGCGUCGCGGCGUCUACGAAUCGCUGUACCACGAGCUAUCAACCGACCACGCCACGCUGUGGACGCGCGGCGGGCCCCGCGACGACGUGGUGCCCGUCGGGUGGUGGGCAAACGUAAAAUGGCGCCUUGUCACACGCUGGUUCGGCAAAGACAAAGUCAAACUAGGAAAAGACUAUGAUCCUGCCGCCGAGGAAUUCGGGUCUUGGUCUAGGACGAAACGCUGGCUGGCGAAGCGCUGGCUCGCUGAGUUGGCUGUUAUGCCCAUGCCGAAAAUUCAUCUCCUUCAGCAACAGAAUCAGAAUCAGAAUCAGAAUCUAGCGCAUACACAGCAACAGCACAACUCAACAGACUCCACAUCCCUCUACCCCCUCGACAAAGACCUCGGCGCCAUCGGCGAGCUCCUCAGCAUCGCCACUCCCGUCGCCAUUGCAGAACUCGAUCCCACGGCCGCAAGUCGCCUGCAGAAACGCGUGCCCAUCGAGCGCCUCCGCAGCUUGAGUCCGCCCGGUGAACACCGCUCGCGCAGUAGGUCUGCUAGUGCGCGCUCCAGUAGCGAUGGCGGCGGUGUCAUGGUCGAGGAGAAGACGGAGCAGGCGGUGCGGGUGGAGCUUGAGCAGGGAAUGCCCGGGUUGACGGGGUUGAGGGCACCGACGUGAGAGGAAUCGUGGGGGAUGAGCAUGACGAGGC